AUGUCCGCUCCCCACGACGCCUCGCCCUCGGCCGCGCGCAGCCUCCUGUUUGUCGGCGGCGGCGUCUUCGGAUCUUCCUGCGCCCUCGCCGCCCUCGAGGCCGGCUACUCGGACGUCACCAUCCUCGAACGCUCCACCGACGGCCGCCUCGCACCCGAUGCAGCGAGCAACGAUCUCAACAAGGCAGUGCGCUCAGACUACUCGGAUCCCUGCAUGCACCACCUCGCUUCCAUGGCGCUCGACGAAUGGAACCACAACCCGCUCUACAGCCCGCACUUUAGCAACACGGGCGUCGUCGUCUCGUGCAACACGACCGACCCGCAGUCCAAGGCGGCCAGCUUCGUCUCAAAGGGCUUCGACGUCGCGAAACGCUCGGGCCAGCAGGUGCGAUGGCUUCACACGACCCAAGACGUCGUCGACGUCGUCGGCACGCGGAGGCGCCAGGGCGACUUCGCAAAGAGGCCCAUCGGCUACCACAACCCCUCAGGCGGCUGGGCAAAUUCGGGCGCAGCCGUCAACGCGGUCCUGGAUCGCGUACGCUGCCUGGGCGGCAAGGUCAUCGGCGCCGCCGAAGUGGUCAAGAUCGAGUGGUGCACCGACGCCGGAGCGUCCGGGCACCUCGUCGCCAAGGGCGUGGUGACGAGCUCCGGCGCCUCGUACGCGGCCGACGAGAUCACGGUGGCCCUGAUCCGCGUCCCGCCGAGCGUCAAGGCCGUGUACCGCGGCGCGCCCGUCAUGGUGGACGCCUCGUCGGGCUUCUACUGCUUUGAGCCCAACGACGAGGGAGUCUUCAAGAUGGCCACCCACUCAUCGGGCUACCUCCAUCGACGACCGGACGGCGGCGGGGCGGGCGGACAAGACGAGGGAUGCUCGGUGCCGCUCGACCAGCGAGGCUGCUGGGACCUGCCCUCGCACCUGGUGCGCGACGAGGGGCGGUACGGCCGUGCCAUUCCGCGCGAGGCGGUGCAGACGCUGCGGCGGGAGCUGGCACGCUUCUGGCCGGAGCUGGCCGCGCUGCCGUUUACGGCGACGCGGCUGUGCUGGUACGGCGACGCGCUGUCGGGCACCUGGCUCAUGGACCGCGUGCCGGGCGUGUCGAACCUGAGCGUGCUGGGCGGAGACGGCGGACACCUGUUCAAGUUCCUCCCCGUCAUUGGCAAAGUGGCGCUCGAGUGCCUCGGCCUGCGCCCUGCCCGCACUCGCGCCGCGGCUUCGCGGCGUGGCGUGCUCGACUCGCUGCCGCUUGCGCUCGAGCAGAGGCGCGAGUACCUGCGCGGCUGGACGUGGGCCUACCACGUCUGGGCCGAUGCCAACUUUGACCCGCAGAGGUUUGAUCCCUUCCGCGAGGUGGCCACGCGCCAGCUCGACAGCGUCCAAGAGGCGACGCCGCAGGACCUGCUCCCCCACAGCAAGGGUCCAGCUGCCGCUAGGCUGUAG